AUGGCUGCUGCAGAGAAUAAGCUCUUGAAGAUGGAGUCAACUGGGGCUGCCUCCCUCUCUCCUGGUCCUGAGGCUGCUUUAGGGGGUUCAGAUGCUGAGCAAGACAGCGCUUCUGGGGAGCUGCCCAGCACAGACCCAGGAAAGCUCCCAGCGCUACCUGUGGGACCCAGAGCCCACCCUGAAGCUUCUGCCUCUGGGAGCCUCGGCAGCCAGGCCUUGUUGGGGGACAUAGACCCCAAAGGGAUGCAGAGCUGUGGUGCAAAGAUCCCUAAUCGGGACAGUGGCAUCGACAGCCCAUCCUGCAGUGUGACAGGGGAGCCAUUCCCCUGUGAGGAGGGUGGUGCCCCAGGCCUGCACCCCGACAUCGACAUUGGGGAGGGCAGCAAUGAGGAGCCUGGCCAUGAGAACAGGUCCUCCAAGACCAACACGAUCGAUGAGGCGGGAUGUGGCCCAAGACCACAGUUCUGUGGUCUGAGUCCACAGUGUUCAGAGCCCCAGAAGCUGCUCCACAUUGCAAAGGAACUGCUGAGCACCGAGGAGACAUAUGUGAAACGGCUGCACCUGCUAGACCAGGUGUUUCUGCACCAAGUGACAGCGGGCCGGGGCAUCUCUCCGGAGGUAACCACAGGCAUCUUCUCCAACAUCUCCUCCAUCUACCGCUUCCAUGGUCAGUUCCUCUUGCCUGAGCUGCAGAUGCGUAUCCUGCGAGAGUGGGACACAAAGCCCCGGCUUGGGGACAUCCUGCAGAAACUGGCCCCAUUCCUCAAGAUGUAUGGUGAAUACGUGAAGAACUUCGACAGGGCUGUGGAGCUGGUGAGCACCUGGACUCAGCGCUCACCCCUGUUCAAGGACGUGGUGCAGGGAAUUCAGGUAGGCCAGAGACUGAGGGAAGAAAAGGAGGUGUGUGGGAGCCUGACAUUGCAGCACCACAUGCUGGAGCCUGUGCAGAGGGUGCCCCGCUAUGAGCUUCUGCUCAAGGACUAUCUGAAGAGACUUCCCGCCGAUGCCCCCCGAUCGCAAAGAUGCAGAAAGGUGAGGUCCCUGGAGCUUAUCUCCACAGCUGCCAACCACUCCAAUGCUGCCAUCCGCAAAAUGGAGAAAAUGCACAAACUUUUGGAGGUGUAUGAGCGACUGGGAGGGGAAGAGGACAUUGUCAACCCAGCGAAUGAGCUGAUCAAGGAGGGCCCCAUCCAGAAGCUGUCAGCCAAGAAUGGCACCACCCAGGAUAGACACCUCUUCCUGUUCAACAGCAUGAUCCUUUAUUGUGUGCCGAAACUGCGGCUCAUCGGCCAGAAGUUCAGUGUUCGGGAGAAGAUGGACAUUUCCGACGUGCAGGUGCAGGAUGUGGCCAAGCGCAGCACAGCCCACACAUUUGUCAUCAUGGGGAAGAAACGGUCCCUGGAGCUGCAGAGCCGGACGGAAGAGGAGAAGAAGGACUGGAUUCAGGUCAUCGAGGCCACCAUUGAGAAGCACAAGCAGAACAGUGAGAGCUUCAAAGCCUUCGGGGGCUCACUGGGCCUGGAUGGGGAACCCGUCCUAUCCCUCCAGAUCCGCUGGGAGAGCAAGACCAGCCUGGCUGAGGUUAUGGCAGGUGUCAGCCCUGAGGAGCCUGUGGCAGCUGAUGGAGGUGGAGAUGCUGCAGGGCCCGGGCCAAGAAGAGGGUCCUCUAAGACCAGGCGGGACAAGGAAAAACAGGGCUGCAGUAGCUGUGGGGACAGCUUCAACUCCAUCACCAAGCGAAGACACCGCUGCAAGCCAUGUGGGGCGGCCAAAGUCUUGGUGUUUGAUGGUUGGGUGGACCUCCCUCUGAGAGCACCCCAGGUUAUCUGUGGAAAGUGCUCUGAGUUCAAGACUGAGCAGGGCAGGCAGAGCCGCUUCUGUCGCUGCUGUUUCCUGACCCAGCCAAUGCUCCCUCCCAGUCCCAGCCCCGAGGAGCCCAAGUCCAGUGAGGAGAAGCUGGUCACUGUGGACCCCCGACCCGCCCUACUUUGCGGCCCUUUGCGGGUGUCAUUGGACUGCACAUCCUGGAGUGAGGUGUGGGCCUCCCUCCCAAUGGCUGAGCCCCCGGAGCUGCUGCUAUGUCUACAAGGAGAACCCCCCAACAGCCAGCACCUCCGACUUUCAAAGCUGUUGCUGACUCCACGGUUCUCUGUGCAGGCCGAAUGGCUCCCCGCCACCAUCGCCCUCACUGGCUGUCGCGUCAGCCUUCCAGAGCACACAGAAAGACUGGAUGCUGGACAUGCCCUGAGGCUGCAGCAGGCGCAGCAGACCUGGCACCUGAGCGCCCCAUCAGCGGAGAUGCGCCAGCGCUGGCUGGAGGCCCUGAGCAUCGCUGCCUGUGGGGACCCAGCCUGGGCCAGCUCGGAGGACAAACAGCCACAGGCUCCUGUUGCUCUUUGA